UCGAAGCCCCUCUCUCUCUCUCUCUCUCUCUCGCCGCAAACCGGAACAAUGUCCCACUAACCGCAGAGAAGGAUUACUAGAAAGAAAAAGGCAUCCCGAAUUGCCCUCUCUCUCUCUCUCUCUUUCACGAAGAAAAUGGCGGCGGCGGCGGCUGCAGGAGCAGGAGGAUCGAUGGCAAUCUCGAGCUUUGCGUCCUCUUCAUACUUCAGACGCGAAGCCAACGCCUCCAAACUGCCAAUGACGGCUGGUAAAUUACCCACUUUGCGCCCGAUAAUUGCUUGCUCUGCUGUGCAAGAAUCAUCUACUCCUACAGUUGCUCCUGAAACAAAGAAGAAAGAGGAGGCAAAGACAGCUAAAGCAGAAGCUCCUGCGAAGCCAAAGCCAAAACCUCCGGCAAAAGCUCCAGCCAAGCCACUGCCUGAGCUCAUGGAAGAGGAGGUGAUCCCUUCACUGAAAGCAACUCUUGAAGCCCAAGAUGACAUCUCUGAGCUUGAGUUAUCCUUUGAAGAAAACAGGCUACAAGGUUCCUUUCUAACGAAGGGCAAUCCUUAUUCAUUUUGGGCCUUCUUCCCCAAUGGAGUUCUCACCGGUCCGAAAGGUUUUUCCCUGUCAUCGUACGGGUCAGGAGCAAGCACUGUUGAGCCAUUCCUCAUUGAUGAGAAAAAAAUAACGGCAAAACACAUUGUAUUCUGGGUGGAGAAGCGUUUGGCAGCUCAAGGAAUAAUUCCUGUGUGGAAAGAAUAACUAAACUAACUAAUUUUGAGGGUAGGUUCCCAAUGCAACCAGUUACUACAUGUAUCAAUUUUUGGUUUCAUUUGAUGAUAAUGAUAAUAGCGCUUUCUGUCCAUAAAGAUUUGCAAUUGUUCAUAUGUAAAUGCGUUAGUUUCUUCCAAGAAACACGCCAAAUAUCAUCACUAGUAGUAUCAUGUUAUUCUUGGUACUUUAUUUUACAAGAAUUCUGUCAAA